AUGAGUUUUUAUACUGUUGUCGCUGUCUUUAUUGUGGUUGCAGCAUUAUCCGCAGGUUUCUGGGUCGUAGCACCUAAGAAGGACCAAACUGUCUGGAGAAGUACUGUCAUCUUAUCCCUUGCCAUGAUGUUUUUAAUGUGGGCUAUAACGUAUCUGUGUCAGCUACAUCCAUUAGUGGUACCUCGUCGCUCUGACCUAAGACCAGAGUUUGCCGAAUAG